UGGUUUUUUUUUUUUUUGUAAUUUAGAGAGAAACGAAGCGGGUUCGAACCUUGUUUCUUCCUCCUCCUCCUCUUUUGGUAAACGGAAAGCGAAUGUCUGUUUAUUUGAGUUGUAAAUUAGGUUCUGUCGUUUCUCUUGUUCUUCGUCGACGUCCUGACACGACCUGGCAGAGGAAAAACGACUGAUUAAGACCGAGAUUACGGGAUAACAUUGGAUUAAAGGAUUUAUCAUUUUUGAAAGAUUAAACAAAGCUGUGACACAGAACAAAGAGAUCCCUGUUUAUAGAAAGAAGGUAAAUUUUGUGUGAAAUAUUUCUUGCGACUGCAGCAAUAUUUCUUCUUCAAUGAGGAUUUUGCAUUCCUAUUAACCUUGGAUUACAAAAGAGCUGGCAGCUUCUGCAGAUAUUGACCAAGAUAAGAAAUUUUAUAGGAAUGAAGUGUGUAAACAUCUGCAUAUUGUGGUGAGAAAAUAUAGAUUAUGGAAAGUGAAUUGUGUGAGGACAAUGUGAAAUGUAAAAUGCUGACGGAAAGUCUUGACUUUAUUGAGGAGGUGCCAAAAGAUAGAGGAAAAACAUCUCACAACUGUGAUAUCUGUAAAAAGUCAUUUACUCGGAAAGAAAGCCUCACGAUUCACAAACGUAGUCAUACAGGAGAGAAACCAUAUCGCUGUGAUAUCUGUGGAAAAUCAUUAUCUCAAAAUAAACACUUAACUGCCCACAAGCGUAUUCAUACAGGGGAGAGGCCCUACCACUGUGAUAUCUGUGGUAAAUCAUUCACUCAGAAUUACCACUUAACUACUCACAAACGCAUUCAUACAGGAGGGAGACCAUAUCGCUGUGAUGUCUGUGGUAAAUCAUUCUCUCAAAAUCAUGGCUUGACUACACAUAUACGCAUUCAUACAGGAGAGAGACCAUAUCAGUGUGUUUUCUGUGGCCAGUCAUUCUGUGAUGGAGGGACCUUAACUAAGCACAAACGCAUCCAUACAGGUGAGAAGCCAUUUCACUGUGAUACCUGUGGUAAAUCUUUCUCUCAAAAUAGAACCUUGACUCAACACAAACGUAUUCACACAGGUGAGAAGCCAUAUAAUUGUGAUGUCUGUGGUUUCUCAUUCACUCAAAAUAGUGCUUUAACUAAACACAAAUUCAUACAUACAGGAGAAAAACCCCAUCGUUGUGAUAUCUGUGGGAAAUCAUUCUCUCAGAAGAAGGGAUUAACUAGUCACAAACGGACUCACACAGGUGAGAAGCCCUUUCACUGUGAUAUCUGUGGUAAAUCAUUCUCUCAAAACGGUCACUUAACUAAACACAAACAUGUUCAUACAGGUGAGAGACCAUUUCACUGUGUUACCUGUGGUAAAUCAUUCUUCGUAAACAAUGCCUUAACUACACACAUGCGUAUUCAUACAGGUGAAAAGCCCUUUCACUGUGAUACCUGUGGUAAAUCAUUCUCUCAAAACAAUGCCUUAAUUAACCACAGACGUACUCACACAGGAGAGAGACCAUAUCACUGUGUUACCUGUGGUAAAUCAUUCUCAGUAAACAAUGCCUUAACUAUUCACAUGCGUAUUCAUACAGGAGAGAGACCAUAUCACUGUGAUAUCUGUGGCCAGGGAUUCACUCUGAAUGCCCACUUAAUCUGUCACAAACGUAUUCAUACAGGUGAGAAACCAUAUCACUGUGAUAUCUGUGGUAAAUCAUUCUCUGUAAAUAGCAGCUUAACUCGGCACAAACGCAUUCAUACAGGAGAGAAACCUUAUCACUGUGAUAUCUGUGGUAGAUCCUUCUCUGUAAGUAGCCAUUUAACUGAUCACAAACGUGUUCAUACAGGAGAGAAGCCAUUUCAUUGUGACAUCUGUGGCCAAUCAUUCUCUCGAAAUGAUACUUUGACAUCUCACAAGCGUAUCCAUACAGCGGAGAAGCCAUUUCACUGUGAUAUCUGUGGUAAAUCAUUCGCUCAUAGUAGUCACCUAACUACACACAUACGUAUUCAUACAGGCGAGAGGCCAUUUCACUGUGAUGUCUGUGGUAAAUCAUUCUCUGAAGGGGGUCAUUUAACAACUCACAGACGCAUUCAUACUGGGGAGAAGCCAUACAGCUGUGAUAUCUGUGGUAAACAAUUCUCUCGAAGUAGCGUUCUAAUUCUUCACAAACGUAUUCAUACAGGGGAGAAGCCAUUUCACUGCGAUAUCUGUGGCAAAGCAUUCUCCUACAGAAGUGUUUUCAUUAAUCACAAACGUAUUCAUUCAGGAGAAAAGCCAUAUCAUUGUCAAAUCUGUGGUAAAUCAUUCUCUGAAAACAGUAACUUAACUAGACACAAACUAGUUCACACAGGACAGAAUGCAUUUCAAUGUGAUGUCUGUGGUAAAGUUUUUUCUGUAGCAAAACACUUAACAACACACAAAUAUAUUCAUAUGGGAGAAUAACCAUAUCAUGGCCACAUGUCUGGUAAAUCAUUCUCUCAAAACACUUAACUGAAUGGUUGUAUACUGUCAAUCUAACGUAACAGUAGGGGAUUACACCACCGCUGUUUAGCCCUAGGAAGCAUCGACGCUUCCUGAUGGCUUUGACAC